GAGAGAGAAACUGUGUGGGUGGGUACAGUGGUGGAGCAUGUGUUUUGGAGCAUGGGGGGUGGGUUGUUGUGUGUGAGUUGAGUGCCGGGAUCAUAGCGGUGUCACUGUGCCUGUGUCUCUUUCACACAUACACCAAGCGCCACUCAACUCCCUCUACAAUCACAGGGCAGGACAGAGCCACAGGGACCUGCUGUUGAAUUUAGGCCUACCACAUCAUCAGCCUACAGUUGAAAACUCCAUCCGGACUUCAAGAGUGGAGCACGGUGUCGGGGGCCCGGCCCUCAGUGUUCACAUUGUACAUGUUGGAUGUUGUGUGUGUGUUUUUGGCUCUCUGUCAGAAAAGUGGAUUUUGAGUGACAGAUUGGAAUGGAUCCCACGGAGCGGAGGGCAGAAAGGAGGGAGCAGAGGAGUGAGAGCGUAAACGUGGGACAGAGACGGAACAAAGGAUGGAUUGGUAGAAGUGAAGCCGGACAACGAGCUGGAGGCUGACAAAAGGAGGAAAGAGAGAGAGAGAGAGUCAGGAAGAGAGAAACAAAGAGAGAGAGAGCGAGAGAGGGAGGGAGGAGAGAGGGAGGGAGGAGAGACAGAGGAGCCAGCCCUCUAGCUGUGACAGUUUGUGUGUUAGGGGGGUUGACAGACACAGUGGCUUUGUGUCCUGCUGAACACCGCUGGACAGGACACUGCUGUGCUGAGAGAGGAGAGGCACUGUCAGUUAGUCUGUCAGUCACUUUGUCAGUCAGUCAGUCAGUCAGACCGUCUGUCUGUCUGUCUGUAGGGAAACCAGACCUCUCUGCUACCACACACACUCCGGCGUACAUCUGCUUUCCAGGACUUCUUUGAUAUCUUCUCAGGGCACAGGACGCCCCACCACGGCCCCCGCCAGCGUGUGUGUGAGCGUGUGUGUUUGCCUUGGAAAGCUCCUUUACGUCCUUGGAGGUCAGGAGUUUGAGACUGGGAUAUGGGACUAAAAGCAGGUAUCUUUGGAGACGUGCCAGCAUUGGGAUGAGAGGAACGCAGAGGAGAACAGGGGACUAGACUGAACUGGUUGGAACUAUUGGUUGAUUUUUUUCUUCAGGGAUGAUCUUGGCCCAUCUGAAGAGCUACUCAGCCCUCUUGGUUUCUGCUUUCACUGCUUGUUUUAUCUCCAUGGAUUGGUGCUGACAGUAGGAUUUGGCCAGAGAGGAUGCAUGUGUUACUCUGACACCUGCGUCGUUUACUGUAAAAUAGCGCGUUUGUGCGAUAGUGUCAAGACUUUGCCCGUGUGUGUGUGUGUGUGUGGCCCAUGUUGGCAUCAGGUCGGCCCGUGUCGGGUAAUCUCUGCGCCCCAAUGCCCGCGGCUAUGCCCCCCUACCCUGCUUUGCCAGCUGAGUCAGAGUGGUGCUUCCAGAAUCCCGUAGGGGUGGACUGUAGUGCCGCCGAGCCUCGCUGCAUCUGGUUGGCAGUGCUGCGUGGUGCCCCCUUGCCCUCACCUUCGCCCCCCACCAUGAGGCCAGUCCUGGUCGGCAGUGGGCACGGCUGCACCAGCAGGGCCCUGCAACGUUCUCACCAGCCCAGGGCAAAGGGGUGGAGAGAUGGGCUCUCCUCGGCAGGCGACAACCCUCGGCCUGCGAUGGGGGCGCGAGGAGAGGGCGUCGCCGUUGGCUGGCAAGGCCCCCGGACGCUACUACUCCAGAAGAACUCUCAGGGCUUCGGCUUCACGCUGCGCCACUUCAUCGUCUACCCACCAGAGUCUGCCCUGCACACCAGCCUCAAGGACGAGGAGAACGGGAAUGGGAAGGGGAGAAGUAGAUUGGAGCCAAUGGACACCAUAUUUGUCAAGAAUGUGAGAGAGCGAGGUCCCGCUCACCAGGGUGGCUUGUGUACAGGGGAUCGGCUGGUGAAGGUGAAUGGAGAGAGUGUCCUGGGGAAAACUUACUCCCAGGUGAUCGCCCUCAUACAGAACAGUGAGAGUGUGUUGGAGCUCUCUAUAAUGCCAAAAGGUGAAGACGUGCUGCAGCUGGUAAGUGCAUACUCCCAGGAUGCCUACCUGAGGGGCAACGAGCCUUACACAGGGGGAGCCCGGAAUCUUCCGGUACCCCCGCCCCUCUGCUACGCUCCCCGCACCAAGUCCCAGCCUCCCGCCGGGGCCCCGGCCCCCAUGGGCCAGAACCAGCUGGACAACUGGAGCCGCUGGGCAGGCUCCGCCAGCCCCUUGUCCCCCCUGGACAACCGCUCCACCGUGGGCAGCCCGGCCAGCUGGCAGGAGGGACUGGGCGGAGAGCUGGGGGGCGUGUGCCACAGUAGCCCCCCCUACAGGACAGAGGAGAUCCAGUACGGUGUGACCGGGCAGCAGCCUACGGGACAGACCAGGGGCCGCUCCUACUCCUCAUCUUCUUCUUCAGGAGGGCCCCUCAGCAGCCCUCUGCAUGUCCAUUAUGUCAACCACAAUGCUGCUGGCACUGCCACCACCGCCUCUCAGCCCCAGAAAGGCAGCCAGGCCUGGGCCAGCCCUCCCCAGCCGAGCCCCAGCCGCAGCCAGCACUGCCAACAGGCCCUGUCUGAGUGGUACUACAGCCAAGCUGCUGAGCAGCGUCAGGGCCGCAGUGGCAGCAUGCACCAACGCCACCGCAGCUACUCUCAGGACAGGCUGUGUGAGACAGGCCCUGGGUGCCACCGCCGGGGUCCGGGCGGCUGGCCCCACAGCGCCUCCCAGGACACCCUGAUGCUACUGCAGCAGUCGGGCCCCGGCCCCCACGGGGACCCUUCUUGGACAUACGGAGACUGGGAGGGGGCCCGGGACCAGAGUCACCCCUCCUCCUACGGCAGCAGAGCCCGGUCGGAGAGCCUGCUGGUACAGUACGACCGCUAUGGCCGUUCGCUGGAGAUGUUGGAGUCGCCCCGUUCCGAGAGGCCCGCCUGGCUGCAGCAGGCCUCACAGCAAGCACCCAGGACUGAGGCCUACCAGAGGCAGGGGAACCAUUACGGUGUCGCACCGGCCCCCUCUAUGGGCCGACAAGCACAGCCGCACCACAAAACCACCCCCCAACCCCACUCACAGUCUCACUCACAGCCCCAGCCCCAACAACCAGCCCCCCAGAGCAGACGUCUGCCCACCGGACAGAGCCUGGAUGACCAGCCAGUAGGUUACCGCAGCUACAGCCCCUCCUUCAACCGCAAGACAGGCCGCAUCAUGCAGCAACCCUCCUUCAGGGACCCCUCCUACCUUGGCCCCCACCUCAGCUGGGCCCCCACCCCCAAAACCAGCCCCCCAGAGGGUGUUGUCCCCUCAGUUCCAUCCCCCCUGGCCUCCACCACCCCCGAGCCCCUUGACAGGGCCUACCGCCCCACCAACCAUGAGAGAGGGGCAGUGGAAGGCCAGGCGGAGGUGCUAGCUCAGACCCAGGAAGUCAAACUGAGACAGAAACCCCCCACGGGACGAAGGAGCGCCCACGCCAUGCGCCACCCCCACUACACCCUGCCUGUAGAUGGCACAGAACCCCCUGUGUUCCCCCCUGACCCCCACGACACUGCCCCUGCCCCUCGCCCCUCAGGAGAUGGUGCCCCGCACCGUACCAAUGGCAACCUGGCCCCCCUGUCUGUAGAGGAUGACGCAAUGGCAUCCAUUCCCUUUAUAGAUGAGCCGACGAGCCCCAGCGCUGACCUCCGUGCCCGCCACGUACCCGCCUCCUCCGUGGUGUCCAGCGGCAUGAGCUCAGCGCCCGCCAUCGUCACCAGCCCCGCCUCCCCCACCUUCACCUUCCCCCUAACCAGGCUCUUCUCACACGACUGCAGCAGUAUUAAAUCCAGUCGCCGUUCCUCCUAUCUUCUAGCCAUCACCACGGAACGCUCCAAGUCAUGUGACGAGGGACUCAACACCUUCAGGGGAGAGGAGGGCCGCGUCUUCUCGAGGCUGCCAAAGAGAGUGAAGAGUUUCUUCACUGAUGGGUCUCUGGACAGUCUGGGGGCAGCGGAGGAGGUGCGCUCCAAACGCCACUCCACCUCAGAGCUGGGCAGCAUCAGCUACAGUGACAUAUGGAGAGAGGGAUGGCUGCACUACAAACAGAUCCUCACGGAGAAGGGCAAGAAGGUGGGCAGCGGCAUGCGUCCGUGGAGGCGGGUCUUCUCGGUGUUGCGCUCCCACUCGCUCUUCCUCUACAAGGACAAGCGGGAGGCGGUCCUGCGGGGCGCCACUCUGGGAGGCGAUGCCGACGAGGAGCAGCCAAUCAGCAUCCGGGGCUGCCUGGUGGACAUAGCGUACAGCGAGACCAAGCGCAAGCACGCACUGCGUCUGACCACUCAGGACUUUUGUGAGUACCUGCUGCAGGCCGAGGACAGAGAGGACAUGCUGGACUGGAUCAAGGUCAUCAGUGAGAACAGCAAGACCGACAAUGAGGAGCUGGGAUUCUCAAGACAGGCUCUGAUCAGUAAGAAGCUCAAUGACUACAGGAAACAGAGUCCAACAGGCAACAAGCCGGACUCCUCGCCCAGGGUGUCCCGUGCCAAGCCGUCCUUCCUGCUGGCCAAGAUGGAGAACGCUGCCGGGGCGCCGCGCUCACCCAAACCUGAGGGCAAAGAUGAGAGCAGCCCCCCUAAGUCACCAUGGGGGAUCAACAUCAUGAAGAAGUCCAAGAAGUCAGCGCCCAAGGCUUUUGGAGUGCGGCUAGAAGACUGCCAGCCAGCCGCCAACAACAAAUUCAUCCCUAUGAUCGUGGAGAUCUGCUGUGGGCUGGUGGAGGAGAUGGGUCUGGAGUACACCGGCAUCUACAGGGUCCCAGGGAACAACGCAGUGGUGUCCAGCCUUCAGGACCAGCUCAACAAGGGGUCGGACAUCAACCCUGCAGAGGAGAAAUGGCAGGACCUGAACGUGAUCAGCAGCUUGCUCAAGUCUUUCUUCAGGAAACUUCCGGAGCCCCUCUUCACUGACGAUAAGUACAAUGACUUCAUCGACGCUAACCGGAUGGAGAAUGCCGGGGACCGGCUAAAGACCAUGAAAAAACUGAUCCGUGACUUACCGGACCAUUACUACCACACUCUCAAGUUCCUGGUUGGCCAUCUGAAGACGGUAGCCGACCACUGUGAGAAAAACAAGAUGGAACCUCGCAACUUGGCCCUGGUGUUCGGGCCCACGCUGGUGCGGACGUCUGAAGACAACAUGACAGACAUGGUGACUCACAUGCCUGACCGCUACAAGAUAGUCGAGACGCUCAUCCAACACUAUCUCUGGUUUUUCAGUGAGGACCUGGACAAGGAUGAGAAGACUCCAGUAGACACGAAGGACCUGGUGCCUGCCCCCAAUAUCGACCACUUGCUCUCCAACAUUGGCAAGACCGCUCUGCUAGGGGAGGCGUCAGACUCAACCAACAGUGACUCAGCUAAAUCUAAGGGUUCGUGGGGGUCAAAGCGAGACCUCACUGCCAAGGACUUUCUGACCCUGUCCAUCAUGUCCGCCGUCACCGGACGCAAGCGCAGGAAUCGCCACAACGGCCACCUCGUGGGCAGCAGCACAGACGACGACUCGGAGCACGAGCCAAUCAAAGCCAGCCACCUGGGGGUGGAGGAGGGAGAAGAGGCGGGGUUGGUGGUGGCAGGAGCAGACACCGCCCCACGAGCAGAGGGAGAGGAGGAGGAGGAAGAUGAUGAGGAGGAGGAGGAGGAGGAAGAAGAAGAAGAAGAGUCUGUAGUAGAGAGAGUGAGAGUGCCGGUGGAGGUAAAGGAGGUGGUAGUUCCCAGCAUGCCGUGCGGUGGUGAGAAAAAGAAAGCAGGGCAGACGGUGAUGCUGCUCCCUGAGGAAGAGGCAGUGACGUCAGAGGUGAAGGGCAGGGCGUGGCGGGGGCCAGAGGACGCUCGUUCUAUCGUCUCCGGUUACUCCACCCUCUCCACACUGGGGCGGAGCCUGGCAUCUGAGGGACGGUGUGAUGAAGCUGACGACGAGCGCAGUGAGCUGGUGAGCGAGACGGACAAUGAGAGCGGAUUCGCCUCGCGCUCCCUUACCCAGGAGAGACCUGAGAAACACCCCCCUGCAUCCAUUACACCCACACUCACACCCCCUACCCCCACACAGACCCCCACACAACCCCCCACAGCAGGACAACGAAGCUUCCUCUACACACACUACAAACCCCACCCUGUCUCUGCCACACCCCAGCACACCACCCCCACCCCCUCCACACACACUCAGGACCCUGGGGAGAGGAGCGAGGGUGGGGCGCGAUCCACCACCCCCUCCUCCUCCUCCUUCUCGUCGUCCUCCACCACCCACAGACUGCACACCCGGCCCUCCUUCAACUCCCACAAGCUGAUCCAAUGUGACACGCUGGCCAGGAAGAAGCUAAAGGACAGAGGGAAGACCAAGGCUCGUUCUCUGGACCUGCUGGACCUCCCUGGGCCUUCAGGAGAAGAGGAGGGAGCUGGGGCACCAGGGGCCCAGAGGGACCGAUCCAGGACCAACCCUUCCACAGGGAGCAGCCAGGAGAGCCUACGUCCACCCCGGCCCAAAGAACCUCUGCCGCCCAGCGAGGCUGCCUCUUUCACCCCCAGCGGGACAGGGCAGGGUCAGGGGCGAGGGUCUCUGGCUGACCAGGUGCGUGCGCGCCUGCUGGGCUCGGCUGAUGACCUGCGUAUCGUGGGGCUGAGGAAGCCACUCUCCCCGGAGACGAGGAGGAAGAGACGGGCCUGGAGAAGACACACUGUGGUGGUCUCACCUACCGAGACUGGCGACAAGAGGCCUGCGCUAGCCACCAACAUGUUCCCCAUGUCGCCGGCCACUUCCAAACCACAGGAGUCACCCCUCGACCCCCAGGAGCUUGACCCAAGACAUUCUCUUCCCCUGGGCCAGAAUCCCCCCGCCACACGCCGAGCACCAGCCUCCAGGUUCCAUCAGUACCUGUAACUAUGGACAGAGACUGAUAGGCCUGUAAAUUACAAGGCCUCUGGCCUCCCUCUCAAAGUCUCCCUCCCCUGAGCUGCUGAGCCAGGGUCUACUGUCUCAGAGGGUCAGAUAGUGCUGACCCCAGGUCAGUUGCAUGACGGCAGUGAGUAGUGGACAGCAGAGCCACAGACAGACACAAGGGAUCUUAUGACAGGUCUGAUAACAGUUUUCGGCCUCCAGUCUACUCACGCUCCCUUUUCAUUUGUUUCAGCUCCGUUUGCAUGGCAAAGGGAAUUCCAGUAUUUGCCAAAGCUUUUUUUUGUGUGGUUUAAAUAAAAAAUAAAAUAAUGCUAAACUGCAAUGGGACGGACGGACGGACGGACGGACGGACGGACGGACGGACGGACGGACGGACGGACGGACGGACGGACGGACGGACGGACGGACGGACGGACGGACGGACGGACGGACGGACGGACGGACGGACGGACGGACGGACGGACGGACGGACGGACAGACAGACAGACAGACAGACAGACAGACAGACAGACAGACAGACAGACAGACAGACAGACAGACAGACAGACAGACAGACAGACAGACAGACAGACAGACAGACAGACAGACAGACAGACAGACAGACAGACAGACAGACAGACAGACAGACAGACAGACAGACAGACAGACAGACAGACAGACAGACGUUGUUGAUGUUAAUGCCAAGAACUCGCCCUCAUGCAGGCAGCAGACACUGUGUUACUGAAUACUCGGAUCCUUCCUGUCCUCUCUGUUGCUUCCUGUCUGACACAGGAAGUGGGCUGUCCUCUCCCAGUGCACAGGGAAGAGCAUGCCAAACCAAGCCUACCCAGGGUUCCUCACAGAGUAACACUUUCAACAGGGCUGUGGGCUCUCUCUCUGUCUUUCUCACAAACACACACAAACUAGCUGAGAGAUCAGCAAGUACACUAUAAGAAGAGUACAGGCAGUAUUAGAAUGUGAGUUAUGAGGGAGAACUCUGUCUAACCUUUGGCCCCAGCACUGACUUCUAUAUCAGUCUUCCUUAAUAUUCUGUUACUGUGACGACCACAGAACAACUGACUCUAACACUCCUCUAGUUGCCAACACACAUAAAUGACAUAACUCUCAUACACACACAUGCUCACACAGCAGUAGUGGUCUGUAACCCAGAUGUUUGUCUGUCUGUACACAUGUGUGUUUGCCUGACAAUACCCGUGAGUAUGUUUGAGUGUGCAGGUGUUUGUGUGUUGGACUAUUUUGUAACAUUUGUACAAAGCCUUGUUAAGUUAACCUUGUAAAUAUAUAUAUUAUUACAUUAUUAUAAUUUUUGUUGUUGUUUUCUUUUUUAUGUUUUACAUAAGUGCACACAGGUGCACCAUCCUUUCCUUCAAGAUGUUACUUGAAAUGUUCCCCUUAAUAUAUUAUUUUUUGUUUUAUAUACAGUGUAUAUUAUAUAUAUUUUUUGGGUAUGAAAAGAAUAAGUACUUUUAUUGUGAUUUGACUUCUCGCAUCCUAAACGCAUCCUAAAGAAGCAUCCGAAAGAAGCAUCCUAAAGAAGCAUCCUAAACCUGACUUAAUUCCCGUUCCUUGUUUCCUCAUAGAUGGCCUUCCUCUGUGACUCACAGUGCUCUAUGCAGAAAUACUUUCUCUCGUUUAGCAAAGAUAGAAUAACUCAUCCAAAUUCUCCAGUCAAAAUCCCUAGGUCUGGCCGUUGUAAUGCCUCUCCAUUUCAUGGCUGGAUAGCAUCCAUUUCCGCAUUUGAAGAAAGAAACAUACUCUCCCCUUGCUGACACUACUAUCUACUUUAUCUAUUUUGCAGCAAGCAGGGCUUUAUCUACUUAAGUCAGAAUAAUGUUUGUAAGCAACUCAGCUCUCUUAUCAAAGAACGGUCACAUACUGUACUCGCAUCAACGUUAUCAUAACUGUCUUUUCAAUUGGAUGAAGUAUUAGUUGGUAAUAAUUUGCUUGACCAAACCUGCAUAUGUGUACCAGAGGAAACAUUUGCUUUCAUCUGAUAGGUGGCAUAGAAAGCUUCAAAAUAUUGACAACAUGCCGUUAAAACGUCAAGGAUUAUAAAUGCAACCUGCAUGUAUACACAAAGUUACGUUUGGUAUACGUCUGUCAAUUAUAUUUCAUUUGUUAUAUUAUCAGGAAUCGUUUUAGUGUGACACCAUCUGCACAUGAUUUUUCAUGUCACAUAUUACAUUUCCGUAAGUUUAGACUCACUCAAGUGAAUGACCACUGUGAGUGGGGUGCUUCAGAAUUCCUGGAUACAAAUGACUGAUUGCAGAAAUGUGGUUACCAUAAGUAGGCAUUUUGGGGUCUGCUGUGUUUCUAGACUUGCAUGCCAUUCUCUUGGCCAUGGUCCAAGAUGAGUUUCCAUUUCCCAAAUACUCUUUAUUACCUGUUCCUCAACCAAUGUCAUAUGGGACUUAUUCUUCGGGUUUGCCUGACAGGAUUUUUCUCAUCAUUAAAUGUAAUUGACUUUUUGUUAGUCUUGUCUUACCUCAAGAGUUGCCCUACAAGUGCCUGAUUUCUGGGGUGUUUUUGUUCUGCAGUGAGUGCCAUGGUCAGUCCUCACCUCCCCCAUUAACCCUCAUUAUUCCAGACUCUCAAAGCCAAAAGCUUCAACCUUCACAUCUAGUUAUAAGCCAGACUGAAUCCAUUAUCUUCUCGUUGCUGUGCUUACAUCUUAGCCGCUGACCCAAAGACGUGUACACGAGCAGCCUCUCUGGGAGGCCAUUAAGAGCAACACUGUCUGGCCAAGGACUUGUCUAUGCAGUCUGUUUGCAUCUAACAAACACUAACAAACACCAGAAUACCCGAUGCUGCAAAGGCGAGGGAAAGCAUAUUGCUCUCACCUGCUUUUCUCGCACACAGAGGUUAUUUCAUGUGGACAGUGUUUUGUAUGGUUCACAUAACAAGCUCUAAGUAAGGGUAAUCAAUACCUAAAACAUGGGAAUAUAGUACCAACUCAUUUGCAUUAGAUUUUGUUUGGUGAACUAACUGUAUAAAUGUAAACUGUAGGAGACAUACAGCUGAGCUUAACAGAGCUGAUCCAAACUGCUCAUGCCUUCAAUGUAAACUGUAGGAGACAUACAGCUGAGCUUAACAGAGCUGAUCCAAACUGCUCAUGCCUUCAUGGAAAAGAUAAAUACAAAAAUUGUAGAACAUUCUGACAACGCUCAAUGUGUGUUUAGGUGUCCGUCUCUUGAAAUGUGACAUAUCUUAUGUUUGUUAUUAUGUCUGAUAAUAUUUUGUACAUAUUGUCUUGAUAUGUAACAUAUUGUAUUGUGUAAAGUACAUUUUGAAUUGCAUUGAGUAAACAAUCUUAUAAGAAAAUGGACUGACUAAAGGUUAUCCACCUGGAACCAUUUUAUUCUAUGGCUUUUUUUCCUUCAAAGCAAGGUUAUACGAUGUAAAUAAACAGAAUUACGUUUUAAAAAUAGAA